AUGGCUGAAUACUUGAAAAAGCCCUUCAAAGACAGUCUGGGUGAUAUAAAAGAACGAAUGAAAGAGAAAAGAAAUCAGAAAUGGACAAGGUUGGGUAAAAUUAGCCAGCUCUCCACAGUAAAGUGCAAAAUAGCAACCAACAGCUCCAUGCAAAUGAAGAGCAUCCAAGCAAACAACAGAGCUCUAGCUCAGGCUUUGCAAGAAGAAAAGCUCAAACUGAGGGAUGCCCAGGCCACCAUUCUUCAUUUAAGGAAAGAGUAUCAAGAUCUGAAGGUUCAAAUGUUUAACUUGCAAAGAAAUCUUAGGAUCAAGCAAGCACAAGGACUUGUUGAGAAUCGACUGUCAGCCUUGAAUGAAAUAAUUUCAAAAGUUUCUCAGAAUUUACUGGACUCAAUUGAUCUUCUUGGCCCAGCAGAGAAUUUGUGUUCCAUGGAUUCACGGUAAGAUUUAUUUUGUUGACAGAGAGUGCUUUCUUCAGUUCUUGAAAAUAGUUCCAGUGUCGUAGGACAAAUAAGUUCCGUAGGACCUCUACAGUGUGCUGAUGGAGAUGACCAAGUGCUUCCAAGUGGGAUGGAGGCUGAUAGUGGUAGAAAUGAGCUGGCUCAUUCUGUGUCAGAGAUCUGUGAGGAAUCUGGCAAUGCCAUUUCCUUAAUCAAAAUCGUUCCAGACAAAGGACGAACAUCAGAUUUUCACCUGGACAACAUAGGGUCAGAGCUGGAAAAUGUUUCUUCAAGUGGAGAGGACAGAUUUGGUAAUGUGUUACCAAAAAGUGUGUCCACCAGGCGUCGCUAUUCAAAGAUGAGAAAUCACAGUGAACUUUGUGCUGGUGUCUUGGACCAUUCAGAAGCACCUGAUUCAACAAAAGAGAUUUCUAAAGAGGGUGAAAUUAGACUUGAGGACAGUCUAGCAACAUGUACUGUAGAAAGCAUAAAUUCAGAUAUUUCUCAGUUAAAUGAAAAGGUAGGUUCAGAGCUGGUAUUGAGGCGGAUAGAUUCUGAAACUGCACAGUUCAACUUAAACAAUAAUUCUGAUCUUAAACAAUGUGAGUGUAAAAGCAGAGAAGACUCUCAAGUAAGGAAAGAGAAGCAUCAGAAGGGAAAACUGGAAUGGCCUAAAAAUACUUCCAGACAAAGACCAAAAAAAAGACAGGGUAAAGAGGCUUCCAAAGAAAAGUUGGAUUUCUUGGGUGGCUCCAGUGAUGCUUAUGACUUUCAUUUUGAAGAGCGUGUCCAUGUUACACCUUUUCGACAAAAUAAGGUGAAUGACAAAGAUACUGGUGUGGAUGACAAAGACGACGUACCUGAAACUAAUACCAUCGAGUCAAGCGAUACUGAAGAAGAUUCAGAUGAUAGCCUUUAUGAGCCUUACAAGAGUAAAUCGAAAAAAAGGAAAAGUUCAGUGGACAAGAAAGAUAUAUCGCCAGUCCAUGCAAGGCCAAGGUCUAAAAGAUGUUUGGCACAGCGUGAGCAGAAACUCCAUAAUGAAAAAGAGACUGAAAGUAAUAAAUCAAGUGACAAGUCUAUUAGGCAGCCUUCUGAGCCACCUCGUGGUCAUCUCUGUGAUGUUACCAAUACCACCUCAUUGCUCCCCAGCGCUGGGAAUGUAACUAUUGUUCCAGAAGGUGAAGGACGACGAUCUCCAAAACGCAAGCGAAGCUGUACUCUUACUGUGAGCUAUAAAGAACCAAGUAUUGCAGGGAAACUCAGGAGAGGAGAUCCAUUUACAGAUACAAAUUUUCUGAAUUCUCCAAUUUUCAAGCAGAAAAAAGAUGCUAAACGCUGUUCUCUUAAGAAAGAACCUCUGUCAAAAUACGAUGAGAAAUUUGUUGGUUGUCGUUGA